AUAUAGAAGGAGUGUUUGCUACACCAGCACUUCGAUUUCGAACGGUGAAUCGCGCGAUCAUUAAAUCCCGCAGUCCCGUUAGAUAGCGUUGGUGAAAUCUUCUUGUGUUUAUUGAGUUCGCUUCUCAAAAUAUUCGACAAUUAUGCUAAAAUACACUGUGCUCUUCGCAGCUGUAUUCUACAUAGUGCAGUCGCAACGGCCAUGGCAUGCUGGUACCGGUGGUCGUCUACCUCAGGUUCUGCCUCAAUAUGUUGACGAGCGAAUAGCGGCGGAGCAAGCCGGUCAAACAGCUCAAGGAAAUCAAAUAAUCCCUGCGGAUCAAGGGGCUCAAGGAAUCCCAAGUCAAGGGGCUCAAGGAACCCCAGUAGGUCAAGGGGCUCCAGGAUUUUCAGUGGGCCAAAGCUCUCAAGGAAUUCCAUUGGGCCAAGGGGUCCAGGAUACUUCGGUUCGUCAAGGAACUCAAGGAAUUCCAGUGUGCCAAUGUCCUCAGGGAACCGUAAUCUACCAAGGAGCUCAGGGAAUUCCAACUUACUCGGGGACUCAGGGAAUUCCAACCUACCAAGGGGCUCAGGGAAGUCCAACGGUCCAAGGAGUUCAAGGGACUCGAGUAACCGGUACCACCAGUAGCACCGUCGGAAAUCGAAUCAACAGUGGAGACGGUGGCUUUGCAGCUGCACCAACUCUGAGCACGACCAUAAAUCCAGCCGAUUUACCAGUCGACGCUCACGGCGAUAUUGACCUGGUGAACAGAAUCAAGACCUGGCCGAAGGAAAAGCAACCCUUCUGGUACAUCAACUGGCAGGCGAUCCAAGCUCACCGUGGCGACGCGAACAACACUGCCCAGCCAGCUCAGACGCAACCCAACACAAGAUCGUUCUUCGCGGGUUAAGAUACCCCACGAAUUUUAAAGCAGACAACCAACAAGACUGUAAAAUUGAGCUUUUGCUUUUAACAACAGGAUAAAGACGCAAACAUAUUGCCAUUGGUGACAGCGGUUAUUCCUAGUCAAAACUGUUCUCUUUGGAGAAAUAAAUGUUUCGAAGAAUCAGGAUUGUUACAUCGAUCCAGUCUUUCGAAGAUAAAAAAUUCGAAUGCGACCGAAACGAAUGUCAUACGCAUGUGUGAAUUCGAAUGACUUACUUUUAUAAUAGAAUUAGUGAUCAACUUUUUGUACGAAAAAAAUCAGAGACGACGAUGUUAUGUUACUCCUAUUACAAAAUAAAUGUUAAUAUUUUUAGAAAAUAA